AUGAGUUGCUGCUGUCUGGUCGUGUCUUACCAUUUGAUCGUAAAUUUAGUGGACCGUUUUUCGGAAACGCUCCGGGAUAUAGUGUACUGCCGCUGUAGCGGCAAGGGCGACGAUUUAUCGGAACAAUCGGCCAACCAGUGCGGCCAAGUAUCUGCCGUGCCGACAGGUGGGCCGACGGCAGCACCACCGACGUCGGGGUGUGUGUUGACAAACCGGCCACGCUACGUCGUGAUCAACGAUACGGUCGAGUUGGAGCCGUUCUAUUACGACGUCGAUCGGCGGUACAGUGAGUUGCUGCUUCGCGAUCGUCCCGUAGGAACCUGCAUAGUGAGACCGUUCAAGCUGAAACAUGCAACGAUCCGGUACAUCCUGUCCAUCCGUGCGCCCGAAACUUACUUCCAUCUAUUCAUCCGACAUGCCGGCAAGAAUGGGAUGUACGCACUCGGGUUGGAAAAAGAGCAGGAAAAGCGGUUCAAAUUUCCCACCGACAUCGUGCGCUACUACCAGAUCCAUCGGCUCGUGUGUACGCGAGCAAAACAGUCGACAACGCUGCAACUCCAACCGCUACCGAUUUCGGAUGUGGCAAAGGCAGACUCCACCACGGCGGAGGUGACUUAA